AUCCCUAUCUUGCUCCAUGGGCAUUCAAGAUCGUUAACUAAAAUCAAAUACAACAAAGAUGGCGAUUUGCUAUUUUCAGCAUCAAAAGAUGUAGAGCCUAAUGUUUGGUAUUCCCACAACGGGGAGCAUCUUGGCAGCUAUCAGGGACAUUCUGGCUCCAUAUGGUCGUUAGAUGUCAAUGAAUCGUCUGAUUUUCUCAUUACCGGAUCGGCAGACAACACGGYUAGACUUUGGGAUGUGCAAACUGGCCAAGUGCGGGCCCAAAUUUCCGCCGAAACGGGGGUGCGCCACGUGGAGUUUUCCAAUGAUGGAGGCAACCAAGUGAUCGUCGUAACAGAUGCAAAAAUGGGAAAACUUGCCAAGUUGAUGACCUUUUCCAUGACCGAGCUGGAGAGUAUAUUGUGCCGAGUAUCUUUUCUUUUAGGAAGCCGAUCUGCCGCACCUCUUAUUGACGUUGUGAUUCAGGGCUCUCGCAUCACUUGUGCAUCAUGGAGCUUGGGAAAUAAGUUCAUUUAUACGGGGCAUGAGGAUGGUUCCCUAUGUACUUGGGAUGCCAAGACCGGCCAUCAGCUGAGAACCGUCAAGGAGCAUUCAGCAGCCAUCAGUGACUUUCAAUUUUCAAACGACAAGACAUGGUUUAUCACGUCUUCAAAAGACCAUUCAGCCAAAAUAUACGAUGCCAGUAAUCUCGCAUGUCUGAAAACCUAUAUGACGGAGAGACCUGUGAAUUCGGCGGCAAUAUGCCCAGAUCGAGACAUCGUUAUCCUCGGAGGCGGUCAAGAGGCCAUGAGCGUUACCACUACUUCUAGCCGAGCAGGAAAGUUCGAGGUGCGAUUCUACCAUAUGCUUUAUGAGGAGGAAAUUGGAAGAGUGAAGGGGCAUUUCGGCCCCAUCAAUACAGUUGCUUUUCAUCCAAGGGGCACGGGGUACCUGGAGAUUGACUCUUUAUUUUUUAGCUUUGCCAGUGGUGCCGAGGACGGCUAUGUUAGGCUGCACGAGUUUGACCCAGACUACUACUCCUUUGAUUACACACUGUCGGCCGCUUAA